CCAGUCUCAAAACAAGAUGGUGCAGUUGAUACUCACUUAAGAUGAAGACGAACUGACAGACGCAACGCCUCCGCUUCAGGACCAUAAAGCUCGGCUUCAGGUGGACUCGUCAUGAGCAGCGGGUUCAGACCUGCGUCCGUGAAGAGAUGGAGGCGCAGGUCCGAGCUCUGCUCCUGCUUCUAGUUUUAACCCCAUCUACUGCUGAGAAGAACCUGACAGGAACUGUGGGAGGAAGCAUCACUCUGCCUGAACCUGUGCUGGAGCUGGGAUUCAUUAUAUAUGAAGCAAAGGCUCUAGCCAUGGUGAUUGAUGGGAAAAUGAAGAUAAUUGAGAAAAUGUAUGCGAACAAACUUCUGUGGAGCGACAGAACUGGAUGCUUCACAAUAACAGACCUGCAGAGAAACGACUCAGGGAUUUAUACUGUUGACCUUAAAGGAAGUGGUGUCAGCACAGCUUAUAAACUCAGCGUGUUUGACUCCGUCUCGGCUCCGACAGUGAACAGACUUGGCUCCGACAGCUGCGUCCUGCUGUGUGAGGUGGUCAACGCUGAGGAGACCACUCUGCUGUGGUACAAAGAUGACGAGGUGGUGAAGCAGAACAGCUCGGCUCCGUCUCUGUCGCUCACUGUACACGAGCAGGACUACAAAUCCUCCUACAGAUGUGUGGCUGCCAACCCCGCUGAACACAAGGCUGAACCAGUCAACGUGGAAGAGACCUGUGGACCCACCUACACAGGAAGGAAACAGGAGAAGACGGAGGAACGGAGUCGGGUCAUUGGCAUUGUUGUCUCCAUCUUGUCUGUGGUCGUCAUUGGAAUUGUUGGUAUCAUCAUAAGGAAACGUUUCCACAACCGCUUAGCAUUUCCAGCUAAGCGUUGUUACAGGUCCAGAGAACUCAAACAGACGUCCAGUACACUGAUGUACAUUUCUAUGACGACACACGGGGUCAGGACAUAAGGACAUAAAAAGGAACCGGACAGUGUGCUGGACGUGACCGACCUCUUCCUCUGAUGCCCUGGGUUUGGAGCUGCAGGUGGUUCAGAACUCCUCCACAUUAAUUCUGUUCUCUGGCUCCAUAAUGUUUUGCCUCCGUCUGUCUGCUGUGCUGAUGUUUUGUCUAAGGCGUCAGCGGGUACGAGGCUCACACUUGCUUCACAUAGUGGUAGUCGGCUACUGUAGUGAGUAACUAUUGGUCUGUUACACGUUACACGUGUUACGAACUCGCCCCUGUCGGUUCUGAACCGGCGGGGCUUUGACGGAACCCUGGGCAGGAGAGGGGAUGUGGUGGAGAGAGACGGUGACAGCACCCGCUCCAAGCGGGGAGAACUGCGGCUCUCAUUGAGCCGGGAGGAGAACGCGCUCACACUGAGCGGAGGCUUCAGGCACCACGGCCGACGUGCUUCCAGCACACAGCUCUGUGUAAUCCCUCACACAGACACCUGGCCGCAACCGGCAGACCAGGUCGCAGGGAACACAGGAGAGGGAAGACCCCAAAUGCACGACCCAACACAGAAGCUAUGAUUAACAUUAAAAGGUUUAUUAAAUACAAUCACAACAUAAACUCACUUCGAUGCAGGACUCAAUUCAACACAAAAGGGAGGAACUAAAAAUCACUGCAAUGCAGGUAAACAUUUAAUAACCUAAACUCACUACUAAUACUAAACGCUCCAAAAUGGGUAAAGUACCUAAACAUGAACACAAUACAUAACACAGGACAACUAACACCUAAACAACAGCACUGUCAAACAGGCUAAACAAAACACGGGCAACAUUCUAAACAUGAAACAUAAGACACUCACAAACCUUACAUGGUGACAGGACAUUAAAAGAAACCAAGGAACAUCACUCCAUAAACUCUCCUCUCUUGAAACGUAACUUGGUGUAGCAUCCAGCUACAACCUCGUACACAAGGUGUCUUAACAAAGGGACAUCCCUUAAAUACUAACCAAACAGGUGGGUCAACUAAUUAAACAGGAAAUGAAAACUCAAACACAGACCCACAGCAAAAGUCCCAGGAGCGCCUCUAGCGGCGCGGAAGCUGAAUGUCACAUCAUGUGUCACCUCCUUGUUAUUCUGUCGUCCCGUCUCAGCUGAGUGAACAAAUAAAACAACUUCAAUCAAUCGGGUAAAAAUCAGUAAUUACUAGAAACUCUCUUCACAUCAAUAUAGUUCAUUAAAAUCCAUGCAGAGAUUUUUUAGAUAAUAACUGUAAUAUGCUGUAAAUGUCUAGUUUUCUUACUAUUCCGCUGUUGAGACAUGACUCAAAAUCUCAACUUUUGAGAUUCAAAACCAGAAGUGAGUUUAGUGUUUAUUUUAUAGUGACAUCAGGAUGGUUCUGGGGAGUCUGGGAGAGCUGGUGGGGGCGUCCCAUCGAACCGACUGCGGUCCAGUAACUUUUUGUGGUCCAAUCAGUGCGCGACUCUUCCAAUGUUUAUGGUAAAUGUGUUUGGAUCACUGAGAAGAAGAAUCACUGAGAAGCCGUGAAACUUACUGUAGUGGAAAUGAUAUUGACCUAACGUCGUAUGGAAACAUACUGAAAUUUUAAAGACUUUUAAAGAAAGUCUUUUUUUUUAUUUUUAAAGAAAUAUUCACUGAUGAUUGAUCAGUAAAAAAUAACUACUGUAGGGUCUAAGCACAACUGACGUACAAAGGUAAUCUCAUGGACACUCGCGACCAAUGUGUCCUGAAGAAUUAAAACAGACAACAUCUAAACAUCCGAUAACAGUGAUCAGGCAGCUCACAGACACCUCAGGGAACUGCUCAGUCUCCGAGGUUCUUUACCAGUGGUCUCUGAACAGUAGUGAUGGGCAUUUACGGCGUCAUGAAGCGUUUCGACACGUUGCAAAACUCUGUUGAUACUGUGUCGAUACUGUGUCACUGAAUACUGACACCUGGUGGACCUUAAAAAUCCCUACAGGCAACCUACUUGACAGACUCAUCUGACACUGAUUUCAUGAUCUGAUAUAUACAAUAAUAUAAUUUAAACCAUUAUAUGUUAUAUGGUAUUAUUUCAUAUCUUAAUUUAAAAUUAAUAUUUUUAGAUACAGUCGAUGAAGUGAAGAUAUAUUAUAACGUGAAUGUCUAAGUGAACAUGUGAAUGAGGAUGCUUUUUUAAAUUUUAUUUAAAAAUAAAAGUUUUAAAAUUCAGUCUGCUACACUUUUUUGAUACAACUUCUCCAGCUGCAGAAAAGACCCAUUCACAUGGCACAGAUGAGUGCACUGAAAUUGUAAGAACAGCUGGAGAAGGUUUGGAUAGAUUGUUUUUGAGUCACCCAGUACCCAGUAUCUCAUAGGAUCCUGGGACCUGGUGAUACUGCACUUUGUCAGGUAUCUCUGCACCUCAUGGAUGGAAUCACCUGUGGCACUGGUCUAUCUGCUUAUUUCAAUGAUGAGAUCUUGUCGAUGGUCAUCUAAAACACAACAAAUUGGCAUUUUAGUACAAGAUUUCCAAACAACAAGAAACAAAUAAUGCUGAAGUGGGUGCAGACAGCUGCUGUAAAGAUGGUUCCGACUGGAGAUCAUUUGUGCGUCCAAUUUUAGACCCACAAUCUGACCACAGUCUACUGACGGCCGACUUGCUGAGGGGGACAGAAGGGACCCUUCACUGCCCUAUUUGAUGACACCUGAUUAACGCAGGGUAUCCCCACAAAUGGUUUUCUACCAGGGUGGGAGCAGUGUCCCCUUCUGGAUGAGGCACAGACCGGUUAUUUCUGUCAGUUUUAGCGCAGAAAAGUAAAAACGUCACAAAAACAUCAAUGAACACAUUAGGCAGGUUAUACAAAGUCAUGGUGUAGAAUAAAUCCGUCUGAAGGCUACAAACAUUAUACUGGAGACAAAAUGUGAAACAGAAACGGAUUACGCCUUGUAUCAGCCCAUUUACUGACAGUUUCAGCAUCGGGGCUGAGGCUCCCCUCGCUGAAGCCUCACUUCCGGUUUUAAUUGAAAUUAUAGAUAAAAUAUAU